GCCGGAGCUGCGGGAGGCGCCGGGAACGCGCGCGCGCGCCGCCGGGAGCCGCGGCAGGGGCGCGCGCAGCCCGGUGUCUCUAGCUGCUGCGGCGGCGAUGGCGGCGGCGGCGGCGGCGGCCUCGCAGCGAGACCCGGGGGAUUGGCAGGACUUCUCGGGCUUCCAGCCGUCGGCGGGGGGCGGUCCCGAGGCCGCCCGCGACAAGGGCGGCUGGGCCGCUGGGGAUUUGGGGGCGAAGUUGUCCCUCUGCUUCGAGCCCCCGCAGGCCCGGACUGGCGGCGGCGGCGGCGAGAGCCGCGUUCCGCUGCGGGCCCUGACGGAGCAGAGCGCCCUGCAGGACGAUGAGAUUUGGAAUGCUUUGACUGAUAAUUAUGGUAACGUAAUGCCAGUUGACUGGAAAUCUUCCCACACCAGAGCUUUGCACUUGCCAACACUGAAUCUUUCAGAAAAAGGGGGAAAUGAUAAUUUGAACCUUGACCUGUCAGAUGACGAAGAGCUGAGAGAGCAGUUGGAUAUGCAUUCUAUCAUUGUUUCCUGCAUCAAUGAUGAACCACUCUUCACAGCAGAGCAGGUGAUUGAAGAAAUAGAGGAAAUGAUGCAGGAAUCACCUGAUCCCGAAGACGAUGAAACGCCCACCCAGUCGGAUCGGCUCUCCAUACUUUCCCAGGAAAUUCAGACGCUCAAGAGAUCCAGUACAAACAACAGCUAUGAAGAGAGAGUAAAAAGAUUGUCUGUUGCUGAGUUAAAUGAACUGCUAGAAGAAAUUGAGACUGCUAUUAAGGAUUAUUCUGAGGAACUGGUACAGCAGUUGGCUCUACGAGAUGAGUUGGAGUUUGAGAAGGAAGUGAAAAACAGCUUCAUUUCUGUCCUUAUUGAAGUACAAAACAAACAGAGAGAACACAAAGAAACAGCAAAGAAGAAAAAGAAGCUGAAAAAUGGUAGUCCUCAGAAUGGCAAACAAGAAAGAGGUCAUAUGCCUGGAACACGCUUCAGCAUGGAAGGGAUCUCAAAUGUCAUACAGAAUGGCUUCCGCCACACGUUUGGAAACUCGGGUGGAGAGAAACAGUACUUAACAACUGUCAUUCCUUACGAGAAGAAAAAUGGACCUCCAUCUGUUGAAGAUCUUCAAACAUUAACCAAAAUCCUGCAUGCCAUGAAAGAGGAUAGCGAGAAAGUGCCAAGCUUGUUAACAGACUAUAUUUUAAAGGUUCUGUGUCCUACAUGAAGAGGGCUGCCUUUCAGAAUUAGCCAUGCUCCUUCCUGUGAUGACAAGCUUUCCAUGGAUUUAACUCUUAGUAUUUUUUCAUUUGGCACUGUACCUAAACCAGUAUGCAUUUACCUCCUCUGUGUGUGCGUGGAUUUUCUGAUCCUACAGUAAGUCGUCUGGGCAUGACAACUCAUCCAUUUUAAUUUAAUAGUGCAAUGAACUGGAACAGGGAACAAACAUUGGACAGUUUUACUCACAUUGUUCUGGCUUUUUAAAGUCUAUUUUUACAUUGAAUAGCAUGUAGUAAAUCCUCCUGCACAUUUUGUUGUUGGAAGGAAGAGAAAACUUUGAAUAGUGUAAAUAAAAUAAGCCUAGUUUUAAGGAAUCCAUAUUUAAAAGCGUCCUUAGUCCCUAUAGCAAAGAUGCAAAAAGGAUCAUAGUCAGGCUCAAACUAAAGGAUUCAGGUGAGUUCUCCAGGAAGCACUCCAGAACAGUGUUGGUGGAAGUCAGCAUUCGACACUUUUUAAAAACUGUAACUUUGAUUGAACUGUACAACAGUGUUGUUGAAACAGUGAACAAAUCCGGAUUCUUUGGUGGUUUGGCAUAAAUAAUUGGUGUGUUACCCUUGUUAUUUAACAUAAUGUAAUAUUUCAUAUUUGGUUUUAUUUUAAUUAGUAAUGCUCAUGUGGCUUAGAUAUUCUCCCAUAUUGCUGCUAUAAUUUUACUGGAUUUAAUAAGUGUUUGAUCUUCAUGAAAAUGCUUCACUAUAUAAACAUUUUUAAAAGUUAUAUCUUUUUAAAAAUACAUGUACAGUUUGAAAAACUUGCACCUGGCUUCCAGGUUAGUAUGUUGAGACGUUUGUUGUUAUGUAUCUCUAAAUUUUACUACAAAUCUUUCCUGUAUAUUGUAUUUACUGUCUCCUCUGUGAUGAUGUAUUUGCAUUCGAACAGAUGAGAAUGUAUUUUACAAGUACUGUAAAAGAAACAUACCCCAUAAUCUCAACACUAAACAUUUGUCAAAAAUAAUUUUGCCAGUCUUAAAGAUUAAAUUGAAAUAUCAGAAGUACUACUAAUAAUAAAGGAACUAUUUUCUAGGUUGAAUUCCUAUUGAUUUUACACCCAAAUUUAUAUACAGUGUAUGUGAAGGCACUGGAAGAUAAUGUUCUAAAGAGAAAAAUAUGUCUUUUCUUCAAACAGUUUUUUCCAUUUAAAGUCUUCAGUCUUCUUGAUAGUUGAAGAGAAAUUUCCUCCUGAAUACCCUGUAUCACUUUUAAUACACAAUUUUAUCAUCAUCAACAAAUACUCAUUUUGAUCAGUAAAAGACAUUCAGUUUGAAAAUGGUUCCUACAAUGCUUUCUCUCUUUUAUUUUUUUUUUCCCUCCCUUAAGGCCUCAGUAUUUUUGUCUUUUGUGCCUUUUUCAGUCAGUGAAGUUUUCAGCUUAAAAUUCUCUCCUCCUCCCUCUCCCCCACAUGAUCACCAAUGAAUACUUGCCAGCCUGCUCAGGAAUAAAUAGAUCCUCUGCAUAAGUAUGUCAUAUGUGAGGAAGUUGUUUUUUUUUUUUUUUUUGUUGCUUGUUUCUACUUCAUUUGUGGUUUCUCUAACAAGAAAGUUGUCAUUUAUUUCUUUAGCUGAUUUGUUAUGAACUCAUCAUGGCAUGCUUUUCCUAUAGAAAUGCUUGAUAUUGACUGUUAAUGCCUGGAAAUUGGCAAAGGGGAUAACCCCGCUUUGCGUAAUUUUUUUUUUUAAAAAGGUUCAUAUGUUGCGAAACAUACCAUGUCUGAAUGAGAUCUAUUCAAAGAUGUUUCAAUCUGCUUUUGAGGCUUGAGGUGACAAGACGGAAGAAAAUAGAAGAAAAGUAAGGGAAGAAUUUUUUAAAAAUAUAGACCAACCCAAAAACCUUUGACGAAGCUUGUGGUGUUAGUUAUAGCAAAUUUUGUAUGACUUACAGCCACAAAAUACUAAAAGUAGUAAAACAUGAAAGAAAACCCAACACUAAAGACCAGAAACAGCUCUAGUGAGCUAAGCAUCUGCCUGGGUAUACCAUGCCCCUCAUCAGACUAAACAAGAUUUCAUUAUGAAAAAUACCUGUUUACUUUGUGCAUAGAAUCCUGGCAUUAAACAGCAGCUGCCAAAAGUGGCAAGUAUUAUAUAUAUACACCUAUGUAUGUACAUAAAAAAACAGAUCUCAAAAUGUUUGAAUAAAAAGAACCAUGCUAAUGUA